UUCCGCUCCGUCGAGCACAUGCGCCCAAGGAAAGCACGUGGCAACCAACGACACAGGGGUCAUGAGGAGGUAGCAGCACCUCGACAAUGGCAUCUUUACGACCGGCCCUCGCGCUGAGGAGUCGGUGUCAGUCCUCGGCGCCUCAAUGGCAGCAACUUCGGCGGAUGAUACAGGGCCUGCACCUCAGCCCCCAGGCCAGCAGUGCGAGGAGGCAGCUAUCCACAACGACCCCGGGCCCCGAUAACACCUUCACCGCCGAUGAAUUCACAGAAAUGAGCAUGGGACGCGCCCGCGCUGCUAUGGAAGAAAUGGGCGAGGGGAACAAGAUGUCGGACGGCGGGGGGCUGCUGAAGAUGCCUCGACACGCCCGAGCCGUACCGAUAUCGCCAGCGUACUUCUCGCGACAAUCCGAAUUCAACGACAACUACCUCACACUCAUGAAGUUGAUGCGGAAUUACGCGCAUCUGCCGACCAUACCGGCAGACCAGGUGGAAAAGGCGUCCUUCAGGACCUUAAAGGACCUCCGCCUGUCGACUGGCGAACAGGUCAAGGCGGCCGAGUAUGCGAAGGCUAUGAAUCUGGUCAGGCGGCUGCACAAGAUCCACCCGUCACUGGCACCUCAGAGCGUCAAGGACGCUGUUGAGAAGUGGAAGCGGAACCUCAACCCCAACUUCAAUGCCGCGAAGCCAGUCGAAAUCGACAAGUUCGGCAGGGCACUGGGCGUGGGACGGAGGAAGACGUCGACGGCACGCGCGUGGGUGGUAGAAGGCACUGGCGAGGUCCUCAUCAAUGGAAAGUCGCUGGCAGAUGCAUUUGGCCGCGUGCACGACCGAGAGAGCGCCAUGUGGCCACUCAAGGCUGCGCAGCGCGUGGACAAAUACAACGUGUGGGCGCUCGUCGAUGGCGGCGGCACGACCGGGCAAGCAGAAGCCCUCACGCUCGCCGUCGCCAAAGCCCUACUCGUGCACGAGCCGGCGCUCAAGCCGGUGCUUCGCCGAGCCGGCGUCGUCACUCGGGAUCGCAGGACCGUGGAGAGGAAGAAGCACGGCCACCUCAAGGCCAGGAAGAGGCCUGCCUGGGUCAAGCGUUAAACAAGCCAAAUGUUCAUCUGGGAUAUGCAAUGCGCCUUAUUCGCCGAGCCCUGACAUUGACAUAUCUAUUCUUGGAGAUUCGGCUUGGCUGGAAGGCGGCAUCCCAUGUGUUCGCAUAAUGUGAGCCACGGAGGCUGUCCACCCCCAUUGACAUGGCUGGGCUGUAGCUUCGGGGCGCGCGGCCUUCACCUUGUACAUACCGAGCUGUACCACCACGUUUGUAGGGGACUAUUCGCAUGACGAUAUCUAGUGCUACUCUAGACUCACCAGGCGGCUAACGACUGGAGUAUGUGAGAUGAUUCAACACGCCGCGCUGCCUAAAUCACACCGGAAACGCGAGGCAAGAACUUGGGGUCCCCCUCUCCCAAUCUCAGCAGACACGGGCGCUCCCGCUCUUAUCAGCCCGAAAUAUCGUGCUAUGCUGUCCAACAGGAAGAUAAUCUCCGUCCGAGGUUGGGCGCCGUUGGUGCUAACCUGCCCAAACCCAUCUCCCUAAACUGGGGCCGUGGCCAGCGUCGCAGUGAUCGGACGAUCGAGGCAUCCCGUCAACCCGUAUCGGAUAGGCCCCAAGGCCACAAGGUACCAUCCCUCGAGGAAAACGUGGUAAGGCGGACGUCUCAGCAAGGAGACCCAGGCCCGCAAAGCGUCCCGUCAACAGCGAUCGAGCAUACAGAGACAUGGGCACAAAUAGGGUCGCUGCUUUGUUUGGGGGCAGUUCUAGAAACGCUAUGUUUCACAAGGGGCGAGGGCGAGAGAACUGGGCAGUCAUGGCCGGCCAAGCGGCCGGGGUAGGUAGGACGUUGACAAAUUCCACGAGCCCCAGCAACGACUUGCACAUCCCGCUGAUAUGCACCACCAACUGUCGCAAACUGUCCAGGUCCUGUCUCCGGCCAGAGGCUGGCCAAAGGCCGGCCAAGGCUCAGGCUGAAGGUUCUGCCCAACCACUGCUUGCAUGAUUCGCCUCCGAAGCCGAGGCCCCCGUCCGUCUCCAGCAUUCAUGCCGAAUUAAAGCAGUGUUAGUCCUGUUUCGACUUUGAUACCCGAGUACGUUUCUCGGGGGCUGAGGGAGCGAUGCCCGCCGGCUCUGCCAAAAGUGCGCGGAAGCUUAAACGUGUGUCCUGUGGGCCGGGUUUCGUUCCUACAGGUCCCACGAGGGGGCUCAAACAAUGCCCCGGGGAUUGGAGCGGGAGGUCUGUCGCGCAGGGCCGGCGGCGCACGUGAACAAGCCAGGGACUCCGUAUUCGAGCAGAUGUGCAAUAAGAGUGUCGCAGUACAGAUGGGUCCCAGGGCGCAAAACGAGCUGCGAGGGCAAUCCGCAAACCCGUCGCAGGCCAUGACUUGGUAAUAACUAGCAGCUUGUUUGGGACGUGGCAUGAAUUUGUUCAUGCCCGUGCUGGACUAGUCGGGGCGUGUUUGGAUGCCAAUUGUCCCGAUGCAAUGUAGUCGGUCCCACGUCUUGCGGCCCAUUUGAGGAUCAUCAUCAUGCCAGAACCCAUGCCGACCUAGCUGCCUAGCCACCGCUACCGAAUCCGACCUAUCACAUUAGGCCGGCGUCCCUGAAUAUCGCAAGCCGCUCGCUCCUUCAUCGCGAAUGGAUUUGCUGUCAGCCCUGCCUCCACAACCUGGUCUAGCCCUAGCGGUCGUCGGUCGUUCCGUCUGGCGAUAGCUUCUUCCCCUCCCUGCAGCCUGCAGCCUGCAGCCUGCAGCCGUGGUUGCGUUCGACGUAGCAUGAACUGCUUGCUCUGCGUCCAGACCCCCUCUGCGGUUUUGAUUUUUGGGUUUUCUGGUUUUGGUUUUGGAUUUGAGCCUUGAUCUAUAACGGGCAAUUUUC